AAUUUCCUUCCUUCCAUUACAAGCCCAAAAUCCCGAAGCGUCUUCCUCAUCGACGGUUGGUCGGCCGAUCGCUAAUCAAUUCAAGGAACAAACUCUCUCUCUCUCUCUCUGUGCUGGAUGUGAAAUGGAUGCUCGUCAUGCAUCUCUCGGUCGACGCACGUUGGAAGAAAUUCGACAGAAGCGAGCAGCAGAGAGAUUGAGCAAGGCCUCAUCUGGACCAGAUCUCAUAAAAUCCCCUACCGAUGGUACGGGAAUUAAGAAAUCGGAGAGCGCAAAUCGACUCUCAGAGAAUGAUAUUAGUGGUUUAGUAUCACAAUUGAAAGACACGAUGCAAAGGAAUGCAGAGCUUGAGGAAGCAAACACAAAAUUAACCUCAAUGCUUCAGAAGAAGGAGGUGGAGAACGACAUGCUGCAGAAGCGACUAAAUGAUCUGGAGCAGAACAUUGUACCAUCAUUAAGAAAAGCUCUCAAGGAUGUUGCUAUGGAAAAAGAUGCAGCAGUUGUUGCACGAGAGGAUCUUUCUGCCCAGCUUCGCACACUAAAGAAACGGAUAAAGGAAGCAGAAGAAGAACAAUACAGAGCUGAGGAGGAUGCAGCUGCAUUAAGAGCAGAAUUGAACUUGUUGCAGCAGCAGGCGAUGCACAGUCCUUCAGGUGGCAUCACUGCACCAAGAUAUUCAGAUGAUCAGAUGCAAGCCAUGGAAAAAGAAUUAUCUAAUUUGAGAUCCAAGCUCGAGCAAGAAUCAAUGCUGAGACAGAAAGAGCAUCAGCAGUUAGUGGAGGAGCAGGCCCGUACAUCUGCCCUUGUUAUUCAGAAACAAGAGUUAGAAGAGAAACUUGAAUCUAUCUCUAAAAGGGCAUCAGAGAGCGAAGCAGAGCAGGCAAACCAUCGACCAUUCACAAUGGAAGACAAGGAGAGACUUGAGAAGCAGUUGUAUGAUAUGGCAGUAGCUAUUGAGAGAUUGGAGAGUAGCAGACAAAAACUUUUAAUGGAGAUUGAUUCCCAAUCUUCAGAAAUUGAGAGACUAUUUGAAGAAAAUUCAAGUCUCUCAUCUGCUUAUCAGGAAUCGAUGGGAUUGGUCGCGCAGUGGGAGAAUCAGGUGAAAGUUUGUCUAAAGCAAAAUGAGGAACUCCGUAGCAUGGUAGAUAAUUUGCGUACAGAACAGACCAGUCUCUCUGUCCUGAAUGAUAAAGCUUCACGAGCUAUAAAUAUUUCUGGCGGAGGAGAUAAUACAACUGAAUCUCUGUAUGCAGCUGAACUUUAUUCCCUUAAGAGCCAGCUAUCUAAAGAACAAAGCAGAGCAGAAGCUCUAUCUGGAGAGGUCUUGCAGCUCUCAGCACGUCUCCAGCAAGCGACACAAGCGUAUAAUGGUCUUGCUCGACUCUACAAGCCCUUGCUGCGGAACAUUGAGAACGGCCUUAUGAAGAUGAAGCAAGAUGGCUCAGUGACGGUGCGAUAACCAUUGAAAUAAGUGAUUUUUACUUUUACUGGAUUAAAGUUCUAUUUGUUGAAAUUUUGACAAUCGAGCUAGAAAAGAACUGAAAAAUUAAUUUAUAUGAAAUGUGGUACUUGAUCUUUUCUAAAUUCUGUUACCUUGGAAGGUAUGUGGGUUGAUAUUUUUCA